AAAGUUGCAGGUGACUCUGAGAGUGCUCAGGGCGGGCGAGAUAAGAGGACUGAGGAGAGAGAGAGAUUUUGAACUCUUUCACCAACUUGGAAACCUUCGAUUUCUGGAAUCUAAAGCUUCUGGUAUCUAACCCCAGUGUGGAAUGCCUUCUGCACCUCUCUUUCCUUCCUUUUCUUUUGUUUCUCCCUUAGCUCUCUUCACUUCCUUCAUUUAUUACAGGAGAUUACUCCUCGAUCUCAAUUGCUUUUUAGCGUCUUUGAUAAUCAAGGUUGUGGAAGAAAACGAAGAAGAAGAAGAAGAAGUUGUUGCAGAGAGAACGAGCAGAGAUGGGUGGAGGAAAGUUGGAGAUCAAGAGGAUAGAGAAUGAUAGUAACUGGCAGGUCACUGAUUCGAAGCGACGAAACGGUAUCAUCAAGAAAGCUUGGGAGCUCGAUGUGCUCUGUGAUGCUCAAGUUUCUCUCAUCAUGCUCUCCAGAACCGGAAAAUUCCAUGAAUUCGUCAGUCCCUCCACAACAACGAAGAAGAUUUUUGAUCGGUAUCAGGAGACUACAGGGAUCAAUCUCUGGCAGUCGCAUUACGAGAAAAUGCAAGAAAGCUUGAACAAGCUGAAGGAGAUCAACAAUAAUCUCCGCGGAGAAAUCAGGCAGAGGAUAGGUGAAGAUGAUCUGGAUGGUCUGAGCUUCCAGGAACUGCGUGAUCUUGAGCAAAACAUGGACAAAUCAUUAAAAAUUGUUCGUGAUCAAAAGUGUCGCAGGAUCCAGACUCAGACAGACAUUCACAGGAAAAAGCUAAGGAACUCGGAGGGAGUACACAGGAUUCUUUUAAGCCAAUUUGAACGGAGAGAUGAGGAUCUUGAUUUUGGCUUAGUGGACCAUGAAGGCCACCAUGAAUUUGAGCUUGGAGAGGCUGACGGAGGCUCUCAUUCAUUCGCUUUCCAACUGCAACCAAUCCAACCCGAUCUUCAGGAGGGAGUCAUUCAUGGAUUACAGGAUCUACACCUUGCUUGAGUUGCAGUCAUUCAGGGGUCACAGUGCUUGGAUGUGGGGAAUGUGUAGUCCUCGGAUGUCUUAGAAACACUUUAGUUGUUAGUUUCUCUUUGACCAGCUCGUUACCGAAACCUUGAUUGAAGCACGAUCAUGGGGAGCGGUCCUAUGGUGAAGCCAUGAAGGUGGGAAAGUUAGGGAGGUUCACUGAAGCUCGGUCCAGUUUCUAUUGAUUUUUUCCUGCUACGGUGACUGUUUAUAUUAGAGGUAAUUUUUAUAUUUUCAGUGAUUAGAAAUUCUCUAUAUUGUAAUGCAUUAAAAUACUAUAUAUAUAUAUAGGGCUAAUCUCGCAAGAUGAUGUGAGAGUUAGGGUUUUACAAUUUCUUUGUCGGAAUAGUGGAAGCUCUGAUUAUUGUUCGAUCGUGCAUGUAGCUCAUUUUGGUUGAAACAACAUAAUUUUUCUGUUCUA